AGUCAAACAAACAGAAAACUGAAACGUGUACAGCGAAGUUUCCGAUUCCAUCCAUUCUCACUCACUGUAUAAACAAAUUUUCCCCAUUCCAACCGAAUCGCUUUUCCUCUUAAUCCAAUUUCGCUUUCUUAUCAUCAACAUCUACUUCAAAUGAAUUUUGGUAUUUAGGUAUCUUUCCCAUUUCCAUCGUUUCCAGCAACAAUGGCUUCAACUAUGCUCAAGAGAGCAAUCCACCGCAUCUCAUCCUCCCCAACCUCCCGACUAACCCUCCUCCGAGCCCAUGCCUCCGAAGCCCAAGCCCAACAAGCCUCCCCCAAAGCUCGCGACACCACCGUCUUAAAAAAAUUCCAAAUCUACCGCUGGAACCCCGACACACCUUCAAAGCCCGAACUCAAAGAAUACGAAAUCAACCUCAAAGAAUGUGGGCCAAUGGUUCUGGACGCUCUAAUCAAGAUAAAGAACGACAUCGAUCCAAGCUUAACCUUCCGUCGUUCCUGCCGCGAAGGGAUCUGCGGCUCAUGUGCGAUGAACAUCGACGGCUGUAACGGACUGGCUUGUUUAACGAAGAUUCCUGAUGCGGGGAUGGAUUCGACAAUAACGCCAUUGCCGCAUAUGUUUGUGAUAAAGGAUCUUGUGGUUGAUAUGACGAAUUUUUAUAAUCAGUAUAAGAGUAUUGAGCCGUGGUUGAAGAGGAAGAGUCCGGCGGAGGAAGAUGGAAAGGAGAUUAAGCAGAGUAAGAAGGAUAGGGCUAAGCUUGAUGGGAUGUAUGAGUGUAUUUUGUGUGCUUGUUGUAGUACUUCUUGUCCUAGUUAUUGGUGGAAUCCUGAGUCUUAUCUUGGUCCUGCUGCUUUGCUUCAUGCUAAUAGGUGGAUAAGUGACAGUCGUGACGAGUACACCAAGGAGAGAUUGGAAGCUAUUAAUGAUGAAUUCAAGCUCUAUCGUUGCCACACUAUAUUGAACUGUGCUCGUGCUUGUCCAAAGGGGUUGAAUCCUGGAAAGCAAAUUGCACAUAUCAAGUCACUUCAGCCAAAAGCUUGAAAUCCAAUUUUAGAAGUGUGAUUGUGUUUGCAUUUGACAAUUUACCAACAAAUUUUACUCAUUCAGUUGUGGGGAUUAAUUUAGCUGUAUUUCUUGAUAAUAAAACCUGAGCCCCUGUUGUAUAUUUUGCUUAAAGUUUAUAUUGCCUUUUUGUUGUUGAAUAAAUCUUAAAUAGCCAAUAGAGACCCAUCUCCUAAAUUGGCUGAAGCCAUUUUGGACAAACAA